AUGAAAGGAGGAGUACGGCAAGAAGCCCGACGGCCAAGGCAUGUAGUGCCGUUCUUUGCCGAUGUGUACUGCCCGAGCUGUGAACCCGCCAGGGCCUGCCUGGAAAGGCAACUGCUGAUGCAGAACCAGGUGAGAGAGAGACAAACAGCCAUGCAGAUUGCUUGGACACAGGAAUUUCUCAAAUAUUUUGGAUGGUUUUUGCUUGCUUUUGUGGGUUUAACAGGUGGAGCAAUAAAAAAGAAGAACCCAGGAGUUUUACUGCCUAUAGUUCCCUUGAGCUUCGUAUUUGCCUAUCAGUAUGAUAUGAGCUGUGGGACACUAUUGCAAAGGAUAAAAGGUGAAGCAGAGAUCAUACUGGACACACAGAGCACUUUGCUAGAAUUGCUGAAGGGAUCACUCACAUAUGAAGUUCUGGAGAAAAUCAGUAACUCUCAGAGCAAGUUCUUCAUAGAAAAAUAGAAAUAUGGUAUUAAAGCUUAAUAUCUGCGAUGUGAUUUUA